UUUAGAUUCAUUAAUACAAUAUAUGCAACCCAUUCGUUAUAAGUAGUCAAUACAGUAAUAAUAUAAACAAAUGUAUCUAUUUUGAAAUCAUAAGAUCAAUAUAUAUAUAGAGAGAGAAUGACUGAUUUGAAUGUCGACUUGAAUAACAGAAGACGUCUCAUUUGUCAAUGUUUAUGUCCAUGUUCAAUUGAUAGAACACUAAACGAUGUUAGAGACGAAAAUGUUUACUACUCAGAAGAAGAUAAAGAAGCAGAAGAGGAAGAAGAAGAAGGAAUAUUCUUAACUUCCAAAGCUAAAGCUUUAUCAAACCUUUUAUUUUUAAAAGAUGAUAUAUUCGAGUUGGAAACAUUAAAUUUAUACAAUAAGAAAGCAAUUACAAUACAAUUAUGGAAUAGUGAACAUCAUUUAAACAAUCGAUAUUGGGAAGAAUUUCAAUCACAACCUCAAGUCAUAAAAAGAUAUUUACAAAAUGAAGCUAAACAAAUGAAUCGUUAUGCCUUGAUAACAAUGUUGUCUAACGUUAGUGGGCCUAUAGUACAGAUAUAACCGGCCUACUUCUUAUGAGUAGACAGUUUGAUUCCAGAACCAUUAAACUGAAGUUCUGUAUUCAACAAUUUCCCUAUGAUCAUCAAAUGUAGUUUCCAUGUAUACUAUCAAAUCAAUAUGACAUUGCUUUCUGUUAUUUAAAUCUCUACAUGAAUUACCAUAGUGAUUAAACAGUUACUAGAAUAUGGUAAUUGAAUAAUUUAGUUAGUAUUCAUUUAUUUACUAAAAUUUGUGUUCUAUUUACUAAUGCCAUUUAAUUAUAGUUUACAACUGAAUUUGACAUUGUAUUUUUCCAUCAGAGUAAAAUAUAUUAUUGGCUUAUGGUAAUUUCCCAAAAACAAAUAGUGCUGUACAGCCGAGAGUGGGGAGAGCCCCCUUCCUCUCUCUCUCUCGAAAUCCUCUCACACGGCUAC